GAAUUGGGCAUUUCAAAUUCAAAAUAUGGAAUUAUUCAAUCAGCAGUGUCGUUGGUUAAUACAAUUCUGCCUAUUUUCGGUGGUAUAUUUAUUGAUAUAUUUGGUACUUGGAUUGGUUCCAUAUUGGCCACUUCUCUUAUUGCUGUAGGAAAUAUAUUUGUAGCAUUAUCAGCAAAUUUGAGAUCAUUUGCUAUGAUGGUAAUUGGUAGAACCUUAUAUGGAAUUGGUAGUGGGACUAUUGUUAUAGUUCAAACAGCUAUUUUAAGUCAUUGGUUUAAAGGAAAAGGAUUAGCCAUUGCCGUAGGAACUCAAAUUGCUGUGUCAAGACUGGCAUCAUUCCUGAGCAAUCUGACGGUAGUCCCUAUCUGGGAAAGUACAGGAUUUUAUGGAUGGGCACUUUGGUUUUCUGCGCUUCUUUGCGUUAUUUCAUUAAUAAUCAACAUCAUAUACAUUUUUUUGAUGAAAAUGCUCCAUGACGAAUUAUCAAGACAUGAAAUGAAAAAGAUAAAACAAAAGAAAAAAUUUAGUCCUAAAAAAUUAUUAGUAUUUCCUAAUAUUUUUUGGAUCUUUGUUCUACUUGAAUUUGGUUUGGGAAGUGCAUGGACUUCAUUUUUACAUACUCAAACCACAGAUAAAUAUGCUGCUUUUGCUUCUAGUAUUGCCCAGUUUUUACCAAUAUUCGUUUCACCUUUCCUUGGACACUUUUUAGAUCGUUUUGGAAAUCGAUCUCUAACAUUGAUUAUGUCCUCAAUUUUUCUUACCAUAUCAAUGUGUCUCCUUGGAUUCGUAGAAUUAACACCUAUAGUAAUAAUUAUGGGAACGAUCUGUUUUUCAAUUUCACUUUCAUUAGGACCAGUAGUUUUAUUGUCAUCUAUACCAAUAAUAAUGCCGUUAGAUUAUGUUGGUACAGCAUUAGGUAUAGAUAAAUCAAGUUCAAAUAUUGGUUCAACAAUUUAUGAUAUACUUGUUGGAAUAUUACAAGAUAAAGAUGGAGGCAAAUAUGGAAUGGUAAUGCGAUUUUAUUUGGGUAAUAGUGUAUGUGUUAUAUUUAUAUCUAUAUUAUUAUAUUUUGUAUCAAAAAAUUGGCGUAAUGGUAUUUUAGAUAUGAAAGAAGAUGAAAGAAAAAGAAAACGUGCUAUUGUUAAAGUUAAAGAUUAUAACAAACCUAUAAAAAUGAAUUAUUUUUAUAUCGCUAUUUUUAUUGCUUUAUUAAUUACAAGUUGGGUGUUAUUCUUUAAUUAUAUUAAUUAA